CGGUAACGUCAGGGACUGGGCACACAGGUGGACCGGGAAGGCGGAGCUUGGACAAGCAGGGAGGCGGGGCUGAAAGUUCCCUAACCCCGGGAGUGGAAGAAGCAGGCCAGCCUUGGUGACUCUAAAGAAUAAAGUUCAGUAGAAACUAUGCCGUGGGACUUAUAAGGCUCAGGGUGGAUCUUGGUGCGGGGAGCAGAAACCCUGAUCAUUUACCACAUUGGCAGGAACCAGGAUUGUCCUGCAUCCUGUUUGUCUUCACGGGAGGUCUCUAGCAUGAGACAGCAGCACUGGUUUGGGAUGACUGCCAGGAUGGGCACCGUGUUAUCAGGGGUCUUCACCAUCAUGGCCACCAACAUGUACCUCAUCUUCGAACAGAAGUACAUAAAGAGCAACGACUGCAUUGAGAAUUACGUACAGACCAAGAGCGCAGGUGUCCUGGUAAAGCAGUUCAUCAUCUGCUGGACUUCCAAUGUUGUCUUCUUCCUGUCUUUCAUUACCAUCAUCAUCAGCUGCUUCCUCCUAUACUCGGUCUAUGCCCAAAUAUACAGGGGCUUGGUGAUCUACAUCAUCUGGAUCAUUUUCUAUGAAAUUGUAAACAUUGUAGUUCAAAUCCUUACCAACAAUGACUCUGUCAUUGAAGAGGUCAGGGUCGUGCGCUGGUUUGGCUUGCUGUCCCGUAUAUUCAUGCACUGUUUCUGGAUGUUCUAUAUCAUCUCCUAUGCCCACAUAAUCUAUAAAAGUCAAACCCAGGGCAAUAUAAUCUCCUACAGCAGACGUAUUUCUACAGGCAAUGGAGAGUUCCCACGAAGGAAAUCAAAGAUCAUCAACUUUACCCGCCACUAUAGUGGAUAAUGUUUACCCUUGUCUCUCCCCUCCACAGGCAAAAAUCCCAGGUUCUGAUGGUAGUUGUAGCUCCAUCUCUUUCACUUUUGCUGAUCUGUUCGGCUAUAGAGCCCCUACUGCCACCUUUUGGGAGGGAACGUGGAGAGAAAUGUCAUUAUAAUCACAACUGGGACCACCUGCUCACUGAAGGCGUUUGGUAAAAGGACAAUGGUUCUAUUUCAAGCGCUCCUUGAGUUCCUCCUUCCUUUGUCAAUCAGCACCACCUUAGAGGUCAACAUAAAGACAGCAAGGGAAUGAAACGAAGCUGACUUGCAGCAAUCCUUUCACCUUGGUGCUUGUCUUCACAUCAGCUUUCCACCCACAGCUCUCUAAUUCAACCCUGGGACAGGCAGAUCUGUAUCUAUAUCUCAGGUAGCUAUGGUAUGAGGGGUACAGGUGGUGCCUCGGGGUGGGUUUGUGCCAUGGUCUUUCUCCCUCUGUCCUCUAUGCUAUA